GUAAGGACCAGAUAGAUUUAUAAGAAUCCGACAACUCCCCCUCCCCUUGUUUGCUGUCCCUUGUUUCCUUGGCACCCAAAGGACAACAGAACAGCCGAUCCAAUGGCAGAGUUAGUACAGAAACUCCAUUUUGUAAAGAUGUACAGUAACAUAAGCUUACUAUUCAGAGGCUGAGUGGUGCUAGUAAUGCCGUCUUCUUGGAACUGAAGCCAGCCUUUUGAAAUCUAGACUAUUAUCUCUGAUGAAAGCAGAAGGAAGGGCAGAGUCACCCGAGGAUGAUGAAAAAGAACCAAGCAACAAUAAAAUAACAUCUGUUGGACUUCAGGAACAAGACUCAACGUUAGAUGUCUGCCUCGGUAACAAUGGCAGUCAAGAAAACCCAGACACACCGAGUAAGACCUCCAGAGAGUGCAGUUCUUCAGAGCAUAAUUCUUCACUGAAAUCAAGCUCUGGUCCUGCGGCUUCUCCUCAACAAGCUAGUAUUCCUUCCCAUGAAACAAAUGUGGUAGAAGAAAGCAGUCAGUUAGUUAAACAUCAGACUACCUUCCGACAUAAAAAUGAAAACUCAACCUUAGAAUGGACAUUUUAUCCACCGUUUGGUAAUCAUACCUAUCAUACAGGAAAGAAGUGUAUCUUUGAUGGUAUCUACAUGCGAAACAAAACCACGUCAACUGAAAAGACAGUGGAGAUGUGUACAGGAAAGAAGAGAUUUGUGCUAUGUACAAAAAAAAGUCAGAUACAUUCAUACCACUUCAACGCUUGCCAGGAACUCCUAGUAUACCUUUCCGUAUCAAGGAGAAGCAGCAAGAAUUAGAAAGAGAGAAGCUGGAAGUGAGAAACCUGGACCACUGGAAGCCUGCUCCAACUUUGCAGUAUUCUUUUUUUGCAGGUUCACUAAACAGAAGAUUAACUUAUCAAUAGUUUUAGAUAAGCCAUUCUUUAUGCUGCAUUUCACGGGGCCUAAAACAUGUAACAGGUUAUUUGUUAU